AUUUUAUUUCAGCACAGCACUUUCACAACCUGCAGCUUACUUACGUAUCAUCUGUUAAACUUUCGGAAACGCCCUUGUCCCGCAUGCCCGCCUAGCAUAUAGCGGCUAACUUAGUACAACUCGAACUGCGAGCUCAAUUGCAUCCACGCCAAACCAACGAAGCGCGACGGCCAGGUAGCUAAGCUCUUCACAAGCAAAUAUCACAAUGGCUUCUUUCAUUCCUAAGCGGCUGCCAUCGAGCUUCAUGCGGGCUCGUCUGGCGCCCACUGCCCCUCGUGGAAUGGUCCGAUUCUACUCCUCAGACCCUGCGCCGCCACCGCUGCUACAAAAGCUCAGGACCGAUCUCAAAAUAGCUAUGCGUGCUAAGGACGCUGCGCGACUGACGGUUCUGCGCUCAAUCCUGGCGCAAACUCUUAAUGCUUCGAAGACUGCGAGUCCCAUCAAUACCGACGCCCAGCUAGUGGCACUUCUUCGCAAGACUGCCAAGGCUUCUGAGGACGCUUCGGCCGAGUUCAAGGCUGCGAAUCGCGACGAUCUGGUAGAGAAGGAGCAGGCACAGAUCAACAUCUUGAACGAAUACGUAUCAGGCAGUGGUGUGCAAGUCGUUGGGGAGGACGAGCUGAGAACGAUUGUCUCUGGGGUCGUGACAGCGUUGACCAGCGAAGGCUCAGUACAAGGCAAGGCCAAGAUGGGAGAUGUCAUGAAGCAACUACUCGGCCCUGGCGGACCGCUAGACGGCAAAGAUGUGGAGAAGGCACAGCUCUCGAAGAUCGUGAAGGAAGUUUUGGAGCAAUGAUCUUUGCCUAAAUUCACCCUUGUUGGCUUGUUAUGUAAGUGUCUCACUAAUGUAAAAAUCCAUGUAUCAAACCUGUACAGCAUGUGGUCGGCCAUGCAGAAUCGAAGAGAUUACCACUCCCUUGUACCGUUAGAAGAUAUCAUCGGCAUCCAUGUUGUGUCAAAUGAUCAAUUGUUGAAAUCAAAUGGGAACGGGUCAGUCACUCAGACGCGUGCAAACUCACGUCCACGAGAAGUUUUCAUUGGCUCGGUUUUCGGUCAGCUGAGAUCGCUGCGUUCUGCUGGUUAAGACUGUUUCUAUCCCAGAAUAAAAAACCCAAAACUCCAGCUGUAUGAUCUAUUAAAAAUUCCGAC